CCCCCUUGGUCAGGGCGGUGUAGGCGGUUACCAUGGCGAUGACGUCUAGAGGGCGGGGAGGGGCGGAGCUAUGGAGAGGAGGAGGAAGAUGGCGGGCGGGCGGCUCUGAAGAGACCUCGGCGGCGGCGGAGGAGGAGAGAAGCGCAGAGCCGCGCCGCGCCUGGGCCCAUGUGGGGAGGAGUCGGAGUCGCUGUUGCCGCCGCCGCCGCCUGUAGCUGCUGGACCCGAGUGGGAGUGAGGGGGAGACGGCAGGAUGAAGUUCGCCGAGCACCUCUCUGCGCACAUCACUCCCGAGUGGAGGAAGCAAUACAUCCAGUAUGAGGCUUUCAAGGAUAUGCUGUAUUCAGCUCAGGACCAGGCACCUUCUGUGGAAGUUACAGAUGAGGACACAGUAAAGAGGUAUUUUGCCAAGUUUGAAGAGAAAUUUUUCCAAACCUGUGAAAAAGAACUUGCCAAAAUCAACACAUUUUAUUCAGAGAAGCUCGCAGAGGCUCAGCGCAGGUUUGCUACACUUCAGAAUGAGCUUCAGUCAUCGCUGGAUGCACAGAAAGAAAGCACUGGUGUUACCACGCUGCGACAACGCAGAAAGCCAGUCUUCCACUUGUCCCAUGAGGAACGUGUCCAACAUAGGAAUAUCAAAGAUCUUAAACUGGCCUUCAGCGAGUUCUACCUCAGUCUAAUCCUGCUGCAGAACUAUCAGAAUCUGAAUUUUACAGGGUUUCGAAAAAUCCUUAAAAAGCAUGACAAGAUCCUGGAAACAUCUCGUGGAGCAGAUUGGCGAGUGGCUCAUGUAGAAGUGGCUCCAUUUUAUACAUGCAAGAAAAUCAACCAGCUUAUCUCUGAAACUGAGGCUGUAGUGACCAAUGAACUUGAAGAUGGUGACAGACAAAAGGCUAUGAAGCGUUUACGUGUCCCCCCUUUGGGAGCUGCUCAGCCUGCACCAGCAUGGACUACUUUUAGAGUUGGCCUAUUUUGUGGAAUAUUCAUUGUACUGAAUAUUACCCUUGUGCUUGCCGCUGUAUUUAAACUUGAAACAGAUAGAAGUAUAUGGCCCUUGAUAAGAAUCUAUCGGGGCGGCUUUCUUCUGAUUGAAUUCCUUUUUCUACUGGGCAUCAACACGUAUGGUUGGAGACAGGCUGGAGUAAACCAUGUACUCAUCUUUGAACUUAAUCCGAGAAGCAAUUUGUCUCAUCAACAUCUCUUUGAGAUUGCUGGAUUCCUUGGGAUAUUGUGGUGCCUGAGCCUUCUGGCUUGCUUCUUUGCUCCAAUUAGUGUCAUCCCCACAUAUGUGUAUCCACUUGCUCUUUAUGGAUUUAUGGUUUUCUUCCUUAUCAACCCCACCAAAACUUUCUACUAUAAGUCCCGGUUUUGGCUACUUAAACUGCUGUUUCGAGUAUUUACAGCCCCCUUCCAUAAGGUAGGCUUUGCUGAUUUCUGGCUGGCCGAUCAGCUGAACAGCCUGUCAGUGAUACUGAUGGACCUGGAAUAUAUGAUCUGCUUCUACAGUUUGGAGCUCAAAUGGGAUGAAAGUAAGGGCCUGUUGCCAAAUAAUUCAGAAGAAUCAGGAAUUUGCCACAAAUACACAUAUGGUGUGCGGGCCAUUGUUCAGUGCAUUCCUGCUUGGCUUCGCUUCAUCCAGUGCCUGCGCCGAUAUCGAGACACAAAAAGGGCCUUUCCUCAUUUAGUUAAUGCUGGCAAAUACUCCACAACUUUCUUCAUGGUGACGUUUGCAGCCCUUUACAGCACUCACAAAGAACGAGGUCACUCGGACACCAUGGUGUUCUUUUACCUGUGGAUUAUCUUUUAUAUCAUUAGUUCCUGCUAUACUCUCAUCUGGGAUCUCAAGAUGGACUGGGGUCUCUUUGAUAAGAAUGCUGGAGAAAACACUUUCCUUCGGGAAGAGAUUGUAUACCCCCAAAAAGCCUAUUACUACUGUGCCAUAAUAGAGGAUGUGAUUCUGCGCUUUGCUUGGACUAUCCAAAUCUCGAUUACCUCUACAACUUUGUUGCCUCAUUCUGGGGACAUCAUUGCUACUGUUUUUGCCCCUCUUGAGGUUUUCCGGCGAUUUGUGUGGAACUUCUUCCGCCUGGAGAAUGAACAUCUGAAUAACUGUGGUGAAUUCCGUGCUGUGCGGGACAUCUCUGUGGCCCCCCUGAAUGCAGAUGAUCAGACUCUCCUAGAACAGAUGAUGGACCAGGAUGAUGGGGUACGAAACCGCCAGAAGAACCGGUCAUGGAAAUACAACCAGAGCAUAUCCCUGCGCCGGCCUCGCCUCGCUUCUCAAUCCAAGGCUCGUGACACUAAGGUAUUGAUAGAAGACACAGAUGAUGAAGCUAACACUUGAAUUUUCUGAAGUCUAGAUUAAUGUUUGGUUUUCCUACUCUACAAUCCUUUCCUCGACCAACGCAACCUCUAGUACCUUUCCAGCCGAAAACAGGAGAAAACACAUAACACAUUUUCCGAGCUCUUCCGGAUCGGAUCCUAUGGACUCCAAACAAGCUCACUGUGUUUCUUUUCUUUUCUUCUGAUUUAAUUUUAAUUUUGUAUUUUUAAAACAAAUAUUUACUUCAUUUGCCAAUCAGAGGACGUUUUAAGGAACGAAACAUAGUAUCUUAUGGAUUGUUUACAAUCACAAGGACAUAGAUACCUAUCAGGAUGAAGAACAGGCAUUGCAAGGACCCUCUGAUGGGAUGGUACUGAGAUAUCUCCGCUUCCGCUAGGCCCGGUUUUGACUGGUUGAAACCGGACAUUGGUUUUUAAAUUUUUUUGUCAGUUUGUGUGGAGAAUAUUUUUCUUUCCUUCAUACCCAGCGCAAAGGCACUGGCUGCACUUGCAGGAAAAGUGCAACUUAAAGCAGUACCUUCAUUCAUGAAGCUACUUUUUAAUUUGAUGUAACUUUUCUUAUUUUGGGGAGGGUUGCUGGGUGGGUGGGAAAUAUGAUGUAUUUGUUACACAUAGUUUUCUCAUUAUUUAUGAAGUUUAACCAUAAGAGAAUGAUAUAACUCCUGUGCAAUGAAGGUAAUAACAGUAAAAGAAGGCAGGGGAAACUUAACGUUGGAUGACAUUUGUGAGGGUCAGUCCCACAUACCUCUUUCAGGAGACAACUUGCACCAGUUUGACCUUUUCUUUCCUUUAUUUUUAUUUUAAGCCAAAGUUUCAUUGCUAACUUCUUAAGUUGCUGCUGCUUUAGAGUCCUGAGCAUAUCUCUCAUAGCAAGGAAUCCCCACACUUCCACUCCACUGACUGAAUUUCAUAGGUGAAGUUCUGAUAAUUUUUUUGACUUUUUAAGGAACAGAUGUGGAAUAUACUUGCCCAUAUUUCAACCUUAACAGCUAAAGCUAUGCCGUAUUAUGCAUCAGCAUCUAUGGUCACUGUAGUGUGACCUUUCCUGGCUCUGAAUUAGAAGACAGAGCUAUUUCAGAGGCUCUCUGUGCCCUCACUAGAUAGUUUUUCUUCUGGAUUCAGCCACUUUAGCCAGAAUUUGAUCAAAUUAAAAGUCUGUCAUGGGGAAACCAUAUUUUUGAGUGCAUGGAACAAAUUAUCUUUCCUCGUUCACGUUAUGUUGAUACAAAAGACCUUGGCAGCCAUUUCUCCCAGCAGUUUUAAAGGAUGAACAUUGGAUUUGAUGCCAUCCCAUGAUAGAAAAUCUGCUUUAAAAUUUUAGGGAUCUAAAGUUGGUCGUACAUAAAAAGUAUACACUUAGAAAUUAUAGACUGUUAUGAUCUGUCCACAGUGCCCGUUGUCACUUCUUUGUCUCAUUUCUUCCCUUUGUUCCUUAGUCAUCCAAAUAAGCCUGAAAACCAUAAGAGAUACCACUUUAUUGAAUAUGGUUGGCAUUAAAUUUAGCAUUUCAUUAUCUAAGGGAAUUAAUAUAAAUACUAGGACAUGGUAAAAUGUGUUUUAAUAACCCCCAGACCCAGAUGAAAAUUCCAAAGUCAAUACCAGCAGAUUCAUGAAAGUAAAUUUAAUUCUGUAAUUUUCAGCUUAAUUAUUAAAAAAGGAAGAAUACGUGGAAGGCCAGCUAUUACCAUUUUCUUAGUCUUAAAACCAUAUGGUUACUGCCCUUUAAUACACUCAUAUCAUCAGCACUUCUCCAGUAAGAUUAAAGUUACUGUUACUAGAAAAUUUUUAUCAAUUAACUGACCGAUAGUUUCUUCUUAAAGCAGUUUCUUCCAUCUUUAUUCUGACUAGCUUCCAAAAUUUGUUCCCCUUUUGAAUUGAAUUUUUGUUUUGUUUUGUUUUCCGAAAAAUCAUACAACUUUGUGCUUCUAUUGCUUUUUUGUGUUUUGUCAAGCAUGUCCCUUGACCCAAAGUGGAAGAGAAAAUGUUUAAUAGUUUAAAUAAAUUGAAUCAUAUAUAAUAAUCAGUGUUAACAAUUUAGUGACCCUUGAUAGAUUAAAGGUUGCAUUAUUUAUACUUGGGAUUUUCCCCUAUUUAUUCUGUUUUUUGUACUUUAAAACUAUGGGGGAAAUAUCACUGCUCUAUCAAGAAACAGCAGUAAUUAUUACUGAGUUAAAUUGAAAAGUCCCGUGGACCAGGUAUUUCUUGUACAAAUAAAAUUGGUGGUACUAAUGUGUAUCCAGAGCCAAUUGAAUUGUUAACUUUAUUAGUAAAUCUCUGAUGGCACGCAUAAAAUCUUACAGUUGACUUCUGCUAUUUGAAUUCCCCAGUGUUUUUAUGUUAAUGUAUCCUAUGGCCAGUUUAGUUUUUCUUCAACUGUUAUUGUAGGUCCUAAUCAGUCUUAUUUAUUCACAUAUGAUGCAACGACAAAAUGUAAUCCUUUUCUGAAGUGUUUGUCAGAUUGGCAUAGUCUAUUCAAAAAUAAGGCUUGUGUAACUUUCAGCUGGCCAUGACAGAGGCUUAAGUGUGUAUUUAAAUACACAGCUGUAUAUUCCUCUUAAAGCUAUAAAGAGAAAAGAGGGCUCUUCCUCAUUGAGAGAGCUUGGGAGACAAAGCAUACAUUUCAUUUGUUUCUUUCCAAAAAGGCAAUCUUUAUUUUCUUCUCCUAAAUUUCAUAUGCUGUGUCCACCCUACGUUCUUUUUGGAGGCGCCCAUACACUGAAACUCUGAAUAGAACUCUUAAAAAUGCAUAUCACAGACUCUUUUAAAGGAGCAGCAGCCUAACCAAAGUUAGAACUUCAUCUGAUUUUAGGUUUAGCAAUUCUAGUUUUAUUUUGGAGAAUCACUCAGUUUUUAAUAACAGUUAAAAUACUCCUCAAAGGAAUGAAAAUGAAAUCUAAGUAAAGAGUAAAACUUGUUUUUCAUUUUAUGAUAGUAUAGAAAGCACUGAUGUUUAUAGAGAAAAGAUAAAAGUGGUUUACUGUCUAUGCACAAAUGAGUGCCUAUAUUUAAGGCUGUCUAUACCAUUACAGUGGCAUAAUUGGUGAUUUCUUAGCAUACAGAGAAACAAUGAAAUCAAAGAUUAAUUCACUAUUAAUUAGGUUGUGAUGGUCAUUUGUAAGAUCGGAAAGUAGUCAAAAACCCACCUGCAACUUUUUUUCAGCACUCCACCUUUAGGUUCCUUAGACAAGCUGCUUAACUUCAGUCAGAAGCAAUGAUGUGGGAGAAUGCCAUUCACUUCAGUAGUAACUUACAAAACCAUUUCAAGAAGGAAAAUGGGCCCCAGCCCCUAGGAUCCCUGACUUCCUGAUAUUCUAAACAUGAGAAUUCUGCGACUUUAACUGAGCUUUUACCAGAAGUAACUUGUGGAUAUAUAGUGUCUUUCCACCAUGCUUUGACCCAUUAGACCAACAGUAACUAGAUAAAGCAGUUCAUCCAUUUCUGGGUAGGUGAAUGAACUAGGUCAAUGGAAGAAGAGGAAAAAAAUAAAGUAGUACUGAAUCAUACAGGUAUCAGAUUAGCAGACAUUCGUUAAAGAGAAGUAAAAUAAUUUUGGAGAUAGCAGAGAAGAGCAAGAAGAUGUUGGAUGUUGGCAGUAAGCUGCAGCAAGACAGGAAAGUAGGUGAGCCUGAUAACGCAAAGGUGAUGCCUCCAUCUCUCCACUCAGUGGUUAUUAAAUUGCUGAGAAAGACCUGCCUUUAUUUUCCUAUCUUUUUUCCCCAUUACUUUGCAUUAUUCAGGAAAUAGUUCUUUAUUCUCAAACACAAUUUUCUAAACAGAGACUACAAAAAUUUCUUAUUCUAAGGAAAAUAAUUAAGAAAAUAACCCUAUCUGUGGCAUUAUUUUAAAAUGUCAGAUUCUCUGAAAGAUCGUAUAUACCUGGUAAGCAGAUUUCAGGUUAUUAUUGUUUCCUUUUAAUGAUUUACAUGAAACUUUCCUCUUAACAAGUACUUCUUACGGUAUAACAUUUGAGUUUUUAAAAUUGAGAUAGCUUUGAAAGUAAAAAUCAUGUUAAAUUUGUAGCUCUCUCAACUACAAAAUCACCAUAGUUUUCUCAAAUCUAAUAGGAAUUCAAUGUAAUUGCAGGUAAGAUCUAUAAUGACCAGGUGAAGACAAUUAAAGCUUUGGUAGAACUGUUGCAAAAGUUCGAAGAAUAAAUCCAAUUUAUCAGCUUAGUUCAUUUUCUUUUUCUGAGUGAUCUAAAUUUUUCUUGCUUGUGAUAAUUAGCUAAGGCAAGGAAAGUUAAAGAUUUUCUAAAUUACAAACAUACAUUUCUGCAUUUCAGAAAUCAGUCUCGAUAGUAAAUCUCACAAGCUCCCAACUUUCUGCAUUGUAUUUUAAGUCUAUACAGUGUUAGAGCAUGUUAGGUAAUGUGGGAUAGAGUUGAUUCUGUGAUAGCAUGAUAAAUUUGCACUGUUGGUGUUCCAAACCAAUAAUUUAACCAGCAUUAACCAUACUUGACUCACCAAAUAUGAAAAAGUAAAAAUAUCUCAUUAGUUUUGGAAAAGCUUAAAUUAGCCCAUGCAGGAAGUUUGCCUAAGAACAGAGAGGAGCCUGUUGAUUGGCAUGGCUCAUGAUGCCUUUCUUGUAUGAAUUAUCAGAACUGUGAUAUUAAGUUGCCCCUAGAAAAUAGCCUUCCGGAAUAUAUUUGCUUAUUUAUGAUGGAAGAGGAAGUAAGAAGAACAAGAUGAGAGUUUCCCUUAAAGUGAAGAAAAUCAUACUAAUUUGCAACUGAAGUAAGUUUCCUUGUUGCAAACCUUUGGUUUAUUUUAUCAAAUCAAAGCCACCUUCAGUUGUUUGUAUGGUGCCAUCAACCUAAAGAGGACAAUCAACCUAUUGUUUGCCUUGGACUCACUAUAUCUGCUAAGUACACAGUCUCAUCCUGUAUACCUUCAAACCGGUUACUUGACUAAACUUCCACCAUAAUACCUUAGUUCUUCCUAUGCCCUUUCCUCUGUGCCACCACAAGUCAGAGGGAAAGACUGCAAUAGUUCUAUAAAGAUGUGGACUUCUAAGAAAGAGCCAGGCUUCCAUCUCACUAUCCCUUGUUCAUUAUCUCUGAAGUCCCUACCUGCACUUCCCUGAUUGCCCUGUAGCAACACCAGCAUGGUGGGAAUCGGGAAAGAUUGUGGAAAAUUCCUAAAGGUUAAUUGUUCAUGACGUUGUUAUUUUGAAUUGUAAAAUAAAAUUGUGAGCCACUCACAUUUCAGUUGCAAAAAGAACAGAACUCUUAAACUUUAUCAUGUUGUGAAGAUUAAUUUCUUGCCAUUUUUUGGAUUAGCACAGAAGCUUGUAUCAGUGAAGAGUAUUUAGGAGGGGAAUAGGGUGAAAAUCGUAUUUUUCUGUUCAAACCCUCUCCUUCUAUUUGUGUUUCCUUCACCCGUCUCCCUCCACCACACUGUGUUGGUCAAACGAUACUAUUCUAUGAAACCCUGAGCUAUAGCUGUCAAAAGUAACUAUGGAUUGUGAUUAGUCCUCUGUGGGUGCUUCUUUCCCUCUUUUUUCUCCCUUUCUCUCUUUUUCAGUCUCCACUCUGGUAAAUGGAAAAGGUGACGUCGAAGAAUCGAUGCUUGCUUGGACUCAUGUUGUAUCUGUGACUAUGCUAUUAGCUGUCUCCUUUUCCCUUCCUAUAUGGGUAGAAUUCUUAUGACUUACGAAGUUCCCUUCUUGAUAAGUAGGUUAAAUGCACAAUGUGGUACUGUUUUAUAGUUUCUAGAUGGUUGUAUAAAGCAAAAAGUUAAUGUGGUUAUGUGUUUUUAAAAGAAAAUAAGUGAUUGGUUACUAAACUCUGUCCUUUUUUCAUUAUUACAAGUUCUCUCUGUUUUGCAACA